AUGGUUAGUGAUGAUGAAGCUCCACCAACCAAAACCCUUAGAGAUAGGAUGAACCCAUCUAGAGUGGUACGUGACCCAAGAGUUGUUUUACCGGCCACUAACGUUAAGUUUGAUAUUAAACCCGGGACAUUUAGCAUGCUUCGAAAAUUUAGGGGAAUAGAGAAUGAAAACCCAUAUACCCAUAUAAGAGACUUCGAGAUGAUUUGUGACACAAUGAAUUAUCUGAACGUCACCAAAGAUGUGCUUAGGUUGCAUUUGUUCUCUUUUUCCCUAGAAGAGAGAGCCAAUAAGUGGUACCAUUUGAUUCCCUCGAAAACAAUCACCACCUGGGAUGGCCUUGUAGAGGCCUUUGUUAAGAAGUUAUACCCACACCACAAGACUGUUGUUGUUAGGCAGUCUAUCCAAACCUUUAAGCAGAAAAUAGGUGAGAGCCUACAUGAUUACAUAGAAAUGUUUAAUGAAUUUUUAUACCAAUGCCCACACCAUGGCUUUGGUGAAGGCCACAUGGCCCAAAUUUUAUAUGAGGGCCUAGAUAGUGAAACCAGAAUGCAGGUAGAAACAAUUAGUGGUGGAGAAUUUACCCAUCAAGGCCCAGAUGUGUGUUUUGACGAAUUUAUCGAGCUAGCUGAAAAGACUCGUCUAUUGGAUUCAAUGAGGGAGCCCGAAAUAACUAGGAACCUUAUCCAUAGGGUCAAUAGAGUUGAUAAUGGGUCUGAUAUCCUUAGGCGUCUAAAGGCCUUAGAGAUGAACCAAGGGUCCAACCAGACUAUGAGCUGUAACAGUGAGCCCAGAACCUAUCCAUGUACCAUUUGUGGUGAUCAAAGUCAUAUUGGACCUCACUGCCCUUUGUUUUACCCUAAUGAAACUACCCGUGACCAGGUUAGUGUCCUACAUGGUGGUAUGAACUCUAAAUAUGAGGGUCGAUCCAAGUUUGACCCAUACUCUAAUACCUAUAACCCUGGUUGGAGACAUAACCCGAAUUUCUCGUGGUCUAAAGGUAACCAUCAAGGUGGCCCAUCUAGCAACCCACCACCAGUUAUCACCCUUAGGAGUGGUAAAACUCUUGAGAACUCGGUAGAACCACCUAAGGAUAGUAGUCCAACUGAAAAAGAGACUGAGGUUGACCAAACUUCGUCUAAAGACCCUAAUGGGCCUGAGAAUGCUAAAAUUCCAAGUGAGGAAGCUACCCCUGAGAGAGUGUACAUACCACCUGCACCAUUUCCUCAGAGACUCGCUAAGAAAAAGCCUAGUAUAUAUGCUGAAAUCCUAGACAUCUUUAAGCAAGUUAAGAUCAACCUGCCCUUGUUAUAUGCAAUUAAACAUGUACCGUCUAUGGCCAAGUUCCUAAAAGAGAUGUGA